UUCGUUUUGACGAAUAUUGACAGCAGGGCAGACAGACAGCGGCGCGGUAGACGACGCAGCGUCUGCGAGACUAUUUUUAUUUUGAUUGUGAUUCAUUUAACGAGCAUACAUCGCUAGUUUAUCCUCUGUUUAUCAGUUUGUUGCCGAAAUACUAUUUACUAAACUUUAGUCAGUGAAAUACAAAAGAUAACUUCGGGAAUUGCCGAUUUUUGGUGCUAACCUCUUCCUUUUUUUAUUAGUGUUUUUGAGAGACUGCAAUCUGACUGUGAUCGAUAUGUGCAAGAUGUACUUCAGAUGACUCUGCAACAUUAUUCAACCUCGAGUUGUUUUCAUCUGAUGAGUCGUCGCUGACAGCGGCGGCAUGCAGGGGGGCGCCGCACCUGCCGCAGACGCCGACCAGGCGCAGUUCGAGGCCGACAAACGUGCCGUCUACAAGCACCCCCUCUUCCCCCUCCUAGCGCUGCUCCUGGAGCGAUGCGAACAAGCCACAGCGGGGGCGGAGCCUCCGGCCGCGGACGCGUUCGGCGCGGACCUGCAGGCCUUCGUGCUGCACCAGCGGAGGGACCGCCGCCCGUUCCUCGUCGACGACCCAGAGAUCGACGGGCUGAUGAUUAAGAGCAUACAGGUUCUCAGGAUCCAUCUGUUGGAAUUGGAGAAGGUUCAGGAGUUGUGUCGCGACUUCUGCGGAAGAUACAUCGCCUGUCUCAAGACCAAGAUGCAAAGUGAAAACCUGCUAAGGACUGACUAUUCUGGAGGUGGUGUCGAGAGCAACAAUAAUCUAUCAGGAUCCAUCGACGAGCACUCCAGCACUUCCAAUUCUCCACAAUAUCAGUCCCCCCCGGCGCCCCCCUCGGCGCCCCCUUUCCCCUCAGCCGUGUUCCCACAUACGGAGCUACCCUUCCCGCCACAACACAGAGACCCACCUCCACUAGUAGUCCAAGGUUCGACUCCAAUUAGCCAAAUUGGCGCUGGACUAAUAACGACUGAUUCUUUCACUGGCACGAACUCGAACUCGUCUGUGUCGCUGUCGCCGCCGCCGGAGGACGAGGACGAGGCGGGCAAGCGCGGCGUGCUGCCGCGGCACGCCACGCAGCUGCUGCGCGCCUGGCUGUUCCAGCAUCUCGUCCACCCGUACCCGACGGAAGAGGAGAAACGCACUCUGGCGGCGCAGACUCGCCUGACGCUACUCCAAGUCAACAACUGGUUUAUCAACGCCCGCAGACGGAUCCUGCAGCCCAUGCUGGACUGCUCUGAUAAACCUGGAGGCAAGAAGAGUAAAAACGGAUCGUCAAUAAACAGGCGAUACUGGCCCGACGCCCUCUCCAACCCUCAGUUUACAGCAGGACUCCUCUCAUCAUCAGAGGACGAGGGCCAGGACGAGCAUUCGGGAGACGAGCGCGAACAGACAGACGAACACGACGCCGGCUACAUACAGAACAUGAACUAAGGUCAUUUGGUAAGACUAUGUGUCAAAAUUGAAUCAAAUACGGGAAUGUUAUGAACGAAAUGAAUGAUAUUAAACGAAAUUCGGAUGCUUUGAUUCCAGCAACAUUGUCACAGUCUAUGAGCGAUCACAAUGAUCAUAAAUCUAUUUUAUCUGUAGCGUACUAUAAUAUUUUUUACAAUUUUAUGACCAAUUUUAUCCUGUUACAAUUCAAUUUCAAAUCAAACGUACAGUAAUGUAGUGUCGGAAAUAAUUAUGUGAUGAAAAGCUUCAUGAAUCGAGAUUUUUAUUUAUCGUAAUAAACACAAAUUAGAAUUAACAAUAAAAACAACAAAAUUAUAUUAAACUAAAAAAUGUGUAACUUAAAAAUAACUUAUAAAUUCAAUCUAUCUCAAGAAGACAUCGAUCGAAUAAUUGAUAUACCUAAGAACAUUCAAUGUAAUGUGUUUUUGAUGCGAUCCGACGAAAAAUUAAAGGUCUAUGGAAUGAUUUCUCUCAAUUUGUGGGAGUGAUUUUAUGAAUACACUAGUGACUCGCCCCGGCUUCGUACGGGUCAAUAUUAUCGAUAUUAUAUACAUAUAUACUUCCCUCUUGAAUCACUGUGUCUAUUAAAUAAACUCGCAUCAAAAUCCGUUGCGUAGUUUUAAAGAUCUAAGCAUACAUAGGGACAGACAGCGGGAAGCGACUUUGUUUUAUACUAUACUAGCGUCACGCCCCGGCUCCGCACGGGUCCAUUAUUAUACAUGUUAUAUAUGUACAUAUAAACCUUCCUAUUGAAUCACUCUAUCUAUUAGAAAUACCCGCAUCAAAAUCCGUUGAGUAGUUUCAAAGAUCUAAACAUAGGGACUGACAGACAGCGGGAAGCGACUUUGUUUUAUACAAUGUAAAGAUACUAUAUGUAAUGACGGAUCCUAAAAUGGUCGUAUUUAAUUUCUAUUUUGACACAUACGUUAAGUAUACGAGCGUAACAGCCAUAUUAUAUACUCACUCAGCCACAAUAUAGUGCACAAUUGAGUGUUUUAACUAAUUAAAAAAAAAGACUAUUCUGAUAUUUAUUCUAUAUGUCAACUAGCGGCCCAUCCCGGCUUCGCUCGUUAAAACCAUAGUAAAUAUACAUUAAUGCCUUGAAUUACUCUAUUUGUUAAAACUAAACCGCAACAAAAUCCGUAGUUUAAAAAGAUCUAAGACUUUGUUUUAUACUAUGUAGUGAUAGUAAAUUUUUUCUUUGGUAUAAAUUGAAUAUUUAAACGAAAUAUAUAAAUUAGAUAGUGGAAAUAAAAUAUUCAUGCUUAUGGAGUACCCAACUUAAUAAUAUAUACUUAAUAAGUAUAAAAAUUAAUUUUAAUUACUUUCGAAAAAACAUGUGUUUUAUGUAAACAUAUUUACAUAAAAUAUCAUAAUACAAGUAGCUUGUAGCUUGCAGCAUCCUUUAUUGUACAAGCGUAUGUAUAAAUAUGAAAAAAAAAAAGAAACUCGCUAUACAUAUUUGAAAAAAGAACCUAAUAUUGUUUUAAGUUUUAAUUAUAGAAAUAGUUACCUUUUUUUUUUAAAUGAAUUUAUUUUUUUAAUACUUUAAAUAUGGAAAGCAUAAAUUAUAUCAAUUGACAGCAAUAAAAUAAUAUAUCAAGAAGAAAAAAAAAUACGACAUAAGUAUACGAUUUUUAACUAGUAUAGGAUUUUAAUUUUAGUGUUUUAUUUAUGCAAGAAAUAACACUCAAUUGUGCAAAUAAAAUAUUCCCCUAGUGGCUGGACUGUGGUCAAAUAUGCAUAUUAUAUUGAAAAAAAUAUUUUAAUACAUAAUUAAAGUAGAAAAAUACUUUUUUCAAUUUGUUUACUAUUUGUAAUUAUACAAAAUAAUAUUCCGCUUUGUCAAAAUUAAACCAGUUUUACAAUAAAUGGAUUUAUCGUUAAAUUAAAUGCGUUUGCGAAUGUGAAACUGUAUAAAAGUAUUAUAAUAUAAAGUAUUACAUGACAAAAUGUCAAAUUUUUUAUUAUCAAAAGACAUUAUUAUCAGUAUACCAUAAAUUUAAGUAGUAUUUAACUGACUGAGUAAUAAUUGAUAGGUAAAGUUUUAAUUUUUGUAAUUUAUCAUCAUCAAAGUUACUGAACCGCUUUUGAUUUUGUUUUCUUAAUAAAUAUAUGGCAAAAUUUAUUUAUUAUAAUUGAAAUUAGACCUUUCUGGUUAUUAUUCAGUCCGAUAGAACCGAGUAUACGUAAAAUCAUACCUCACUAUAUUAAAUUUUAAUAAACAUUGUUAGAAAAUUGUAUCUCGCAACUAAAUCUUUGAUUUUAAAAUGUUUUUUUUUUAAUUCCACACUAUUUUGGAUAAUUGAAAUAUUAAAAGCUAAAUAAAAUUUUUUUUUCUACACUUUUAUAAAUUGCAAUAUUUUUUUUUUGCUUUUUUGUGUUUAAAUACUUCUUUAUAUUAAUCCAAAUUGUUCAUAGACCAGUAUUGUCACUUUUUAAUAACGAAAAGAUUUUUUUACGAAGCGAGUUCGUCAAUUUUAAUACCGGUUGUGAGUAAAAUAGUUUCCUUUUCUCUUCCCUCAGCCGACUGAAAAAAGAAAUAGCUUAAGAAUAUUUUUACCACGAAAAAAAAAACCUAUAAAACCGUCCAUAGUCGAGAUUGUAUUUAUUUAAUGUAAAAAAAAAUAAGUUUUAAGUAUACUCAUUGUAAUUAUUAUUUUUUAACGCAGCCAUAUUAGAAUUUAGACGUUUUAGUGUAUUACUAAGAAAUUAUUUGAGAAGGCGAAAAAAAUAAAACAAAAUUAUUUGUAUUAUUUAUUUUAUUCUCAGACUGUGCUUUUCGGUUGUCAUAUUAAAACGAUUAUACGAUUCAAAUAUACGAUUCCAUUUAAGUACAGUUCGAUUCAAAAAAUUGUAUACGCAUUAAAUGAAUAGAUUGUUUUUAUUUUCUAAAUUAAAUGUAAAUUUAAUAAAUGCGGCGGGAAUGAUUGGAAGUUAGACACUUAGAUAUAAAGUCAUUUGUAAAAAUAAAUGUGCUUUUUAUACUAAGUUAAAAGAAAAGCGCAAAUGACUUUUGCUAUAUUUGUUAUCGUAUAAAAAUGGUUAUCGUGAAGAAACAUGUUUGUAUGAUAAGAAAUUUCAAAAAGGAAAUGAAGUAAAAUAUUGCACAAUUUUAUUGUUUUUAAUUUGUUAAAUAAAUCAAUUUUAAAUAAAUUUAUUUUAACUGAAGGUAUCUCCAUUAAAAUUUUUUUUUAAUAUUGUUUAAUUCGUAUUAUUAAAUAUUACUUUCAAUAAAAUAAAGAUUAUUUUUAAGUGCUAACGGUUUAUUUUCAUGGAAAUGUUUUAUGAAAUGUGCAAUAUUCCCCAUUUCCGCGUGAAAGUGAUGGUAGUUAUACGAUAUAAGCAAACGACAUACGUAAUUGGAUGGUGAAUAUUAAAUAAAGAUUUUUUUUAUAACUAUUAAAACUUGUAAGUAUACUAUUGUAGCUAUAAAUUGUAUUUUAUAUAUUUUUGUAAUUGGGUAGACUGUAUAAACCUAAACAUCAAUAUUAUUUAUUAAAGUCCCGAGUUCCUUCUAUGUCAUAGAAUAAUAAGCUAAUUUUAUUUAUGCUUAGUAUCGGUCAAAUAAAAUAAAUUAUUGUACGAUAAACAUUUUUUUUGACAGUUUUUUUUCAAAUUUCAUUGCUUCUAGCAAUCUUAAAAUCUGCAAAAAUUAAAAAAAAAAAAAGUCUGCGAUAUCUCCCAAUUACCCUCCAGUAUAUUAUAUAAUUACAAUCGGAACACAAUAGUAUUUGUAAUUAUCAACUUUUACAGUCUAUCCAGCAACAGUACCUUGGAAUGACAAAAAAUGCUAUUUCUGUAGUUAGUGUUGUUAUGUUGCUUGUUAUAUUUGGGCCGAUUUGGAAGAAAUGUCGCACAUUUUAGAUAUUGUAAUUUAUUAAUUAGUACUCUGUCAUAUUAUUUUCCUAAUUAUUAGAACCGAAAAAAAAUUUAUACAAAUUUUAUAUUUAGAUUUAUUUAUCAAUCAUCUAUUUUUAUUAUAAUCCUUUAGGAAGAAUAAUUAUAAUAUUAAAUAAAGUUUCAUUUUAUACAUUACCUGUGUUCCAUGCUCUCUAAAAUAGGAAAAAAAAAAUAAUAUUUUUUUCCUUUUUUUUUUUUUAGCUUAUUUUCGCUACGUCAAUUUGUAAUGAAAAUGUUUUAAUCUUUCGUCUUCCAUAGAAGCUAGUUUUUCAUUAUCUAUAAAUUGUUGACAUUUCCGCGGCCCUAACGAUUCUAUUUUUUUUAUUCCAAGCUACGCUAGAGUAUAGUAAAAAUUGUCCAGUUAUAGUAUACUAUAGAUAUAAAUAUUGCUUGAGUAGUUAUAAGCCAUCCAUGUUGAUACUAUUUCAUAAUUAUAACAGCAUAAUAUUUUGCUAGUCAAUAAAUUACUUUUUAGGC